CACGUCACUGGCGCCAUCUUGGCAUUUAUUUUAAUAUUGAAGGCCAGUCCAUCUGAGUUAUCUGCGCAGGCUCGUAGAGGCGUGUAGUUGUUUUUAAAGUGAUUGAGGUUAUGACUGGCGGGACUGAGUAUCUCAAGAGGUAUAAUAACAACAAAGACUUAGAACCUAUAAUGGAUGUAGAUAUGGAUUCGAGUCAUAUCGAAAGUGAGCGGGGAGAACUGGACAAUAAUAUCCCGGCUGCGUGUUCUUCUAACGGCAGUUGCGGGGAAGAGGAUGAGGCGGAGGCCAUUGGUCGUGGGAGAGAAGCCGGGAGCUCUAGUAGUCAGCACACGCCGGGUGGAGGAGGUGUGCUCGGCAGAGAGCAAGAGGUGUCAGUCGAAAUCGGAGAGACAUAUUUAUGCCAAAGAGCUGACAAGACAUGGCAUGCAGCAGAGGUGAUUCAGUCCCGACUGAAUGAGCAGGAGGGCAGAGAGGAGUUUUAUGUUCACUAUGUAGGAUUCAACAGGCGUCUGGAUGAGUGGGUGGGUAAGGCCCGUCUGGCACUUACCAAGACAGUAAAGGAUGCAGUGAGAAAGAGCACAGAGAUUGGAGGUGUCAGUGAUUUGGGGGACCAGCCUGAAAGGAAGAUCACCCGCAACCAGAAACGCAAGCACGAUGAAAUCAACCAUGUGCAGAAGACGUAUGCAGAGAUGGACCCAACAACUGCUGCACUGGAGAAGGAGCAUGAAGCGAUCACUAAAGUGAAAUAUGUGGAUAAGAUCCAGAUUGGAAACUUUGAGAUUGAUGCCUGGUACUUCUCACCGUUUCCAGAAGACUAUGGCAAGCAGCCCAAGCUGUGGAUCUGCGAGUACUGCCUUAAAUACAUGAAGUAUGAGAAGACCUUCAGAUAUCACCUGUCCCAUUGUCAGUGGAAGCAGCCUCCAGGAAAGGAAAUAUACAGAAAGAGCAAUAUAUCAGUGUAUGAAGUGGAUGGGCGGGACCACAAGAUCUACUGCCAGAAUCUUUGUUUACUAGCAAAACUUUUUCUCGACCACAAGACGCUAUAUUUCGAUGUGGAGCCAUUUAUCUUCUACAUCCUCACUGAAGUCAACAAACAUGGAGCACACAUUGUUGGGUACUUUUCCAAAGAGAAAGAGUCGCCAGAUGGAAAUAACGUGGCAUGUAUCCUCACACUCCCACCGUACCAACGCAGAGGCUAUGGAAAGUUCCUCAUAGCUUUCAGUUAUGAACUGUCUAAACUGGAGAGCACAGUUGGUUCUCCAGAAAAGCCUUUGUCUGAUCUGGGGAAGCUAAGCUACAGGAGCUACUGGUCCUGGGUCCUGUUAGAGAUCCUGAGGGACUUCAGAGGAACCCUCUCCAUCAAAGACCUCAGCCAGAUGACCAGCAUCACGCAGAGUGACAUCAUCAGCACGCUGCAGUCGCUUAAUAUGGUGAAAUACUGGAAAGGUCAACAUGUGAUCUGUGUGACGCCCAAACUGGUGGAUGAGCACCUGAAAAGUGCCCAGUACAAGAAACCACCAAUCACAGUGGACACUAUAUGUUUGAAGUGGGCGCCACCUAAAAACAAACAAGCCAAGUUGUCCAAGAAAUGAGAGGCAGACAACAGCUGUGACGUCACAUCUGCCCAUCAGUCAACCUGUGCAUAUCAUCUGCCAAUUUCCUCUUUUCUCCUCAACUGGCAAAACCCUGCUGUUUGAAAACUCUAUGUAAAUAGUUCUUAAUAGAAUCUGUCAGUAUUUUUUUUAUAUAAAUGUGUUAA